AGAACGAAGUCAUUCGCCUGCAAAUUCUUCCCCUAAGAAUAUAUAUUAUUUGUUUAUUUAAUUUUAAAGGAAUAUUAUUAUUACAACUACCCCUAAAAUCUAAAAUUUACAUUACAUGUAAGAAAUGUAAAUCUUCGGUAAGAGAAGAGUUAUAGAAGGAACAAAGAUAAAGAGAAAAAGUUCAACCGAAUUCUUCUUCUUCCUCGUCGUUGUGAUCUGAGUUUGUGUGUUUGUGAAUCUAAUCUGUAUACAUAGCAUUUAUAUAUAUAAAUAUAUUAUAUAUAUAUAUAUACACUCCUGAAUCAUCAAAUGUCCAAAGCUUCGUCCAGACUCGUCCAUGGUUUUCUCAGACUUCACAAUUAUCAUUCCUCUCACAUCGCAAAACCCUCUUCCCCAAAUCCCGGCACUACCGCUGCCUCUUUGUUCCGAGAAUCGCUCAGCCGGGCGCACCAUUCCGCCCCUGCUCCGCCAUCUCUUACCCGAAUCGGAGUACCGGGUUCGUCCAAUGCGGUAUUGACCCGAAUUCCUUCGUCUCCCUCUAGGGCUGGACUUGGGCUUAGGUUCUCCUCGUUUAGGUCCUCCGGGUUGGGGAAAGCUUAUGCCAAUGCGAAUUUUGCAAAGAAGGUCUUUGAGAAGCCGGCGUCGGCCGUUGCUUCCACCUUCUCGAGGUACCGGGAGGCCAUAGGGUUGCAGAUUGAGGCUUUCUUUAGAAGGAACUAUCUCUUCGUGUUAGGUGCCGUUGGUGUGGUGGCGUGUGCUUUACUAUGGAGGAUUAUGUUUGGCAUUGCCAAUACUUUUAUUGGGUUCUCCGAAGGAAUGGCCAAGUAUGGGUUUCUUGCUCUUUCAACCGCCAUCGUCGCUUUUGCUGGCCUUUAUGUCCGCGGAAGAUUCACAAUUAACCCUGAUAGAGUUUAUAGAAUUGCUAUGAGGAAGCUCAAUACGUCUGCUGGGAUUCUUGAGGUUAUGGGAGCCCCUCUUUCAGGAUCAGAUCUUAGAGCCUAUGUAAUGUCAGGAGGUGGACUUACGAUAAAGAAUUUCAAGCCAAGAAUUAGGAGCAAGCGUUGUUUUCUCCUCUUCCCCAUUCAAGGUUCAGAGAGGAAGGGUCUGGUCAGUGUUGAAGUAAAGAAGAAAAAAGGCCAGUAUGAUAUGAAGCUACUGGCAGUCGACAUUCCCAUGGCAUCAGGACCAGACCAGCGAUUAUUCUUGGAGGGAGAUGAAGUAGAAUACAAGGUUGGUGGUGGCCUAAUAUCCCAACUUAGAGAUCCCGUGGUAAAAGCAAUGAGUGCGGCCAAAGAGUUUGAUGCUCUUGAUCAGAUUGAAGAAGAGGAGGAUGCUGAAAGAGAACUGCAGAAGGCAGAGCAAAAGAACAGUGAAGAAAUUGAGAAACUUGAGAAAGAUGGCCGUCAGUGAUUGAUCAAUUGUCUACAUUUUAUUCUCACCCCUCUUUUUAACCCCGAAAAGAAGAAAGAACGAAAAGAAAUGUCUGUUGUUUUUUGUUUUUAACAGAGAAUGUCAAUGAAAAAAAAUUGCUUGGGGCUUUCAUCAUUUCACAUAAAAUCAGAUCGGUAAGAUCUCCUUGCAUAUGUUCAAUUCUGCAAGGCUUGUUUUUCAUGCAAAACCAUUAGCCAUUGUGGGGAUUCCCAUGGUAGAGAAAAGUUCCAUAAGAUAAAAAUAAAGCUCACUCACACUUUGAAAUUUACAUGCCUGACUUGACAUGAUCUCAGACUCAUUUUCUGUGAUUUGUAAUGCUCUCCUUGUUAGACCAAAGAUUUUCUUUGAUUCUAUGGAAAAUUUCUUAUUUUGUCUCA